AUGCCGCUAGAACAUUCACCAGUAAGAAAUAUGCUAGAAAAUCAAAACCAAGUGGACCAACUGCAAGAAGGUCAGAAUGUUCUACUUCUGAGUCGAAGCCGAAACAGUAAUACUCCAACCGGACAACAUUCAAGGUCCAAUUCGUCCGCUUCAUUUCACGGAUUCAAUUGGGAGGAGGGAAUGGAGCUGGAGUCGAUGCGAAAAUUGAAGGGCUUGUUCCGGCAGAGAGGACAGAUCGAACAGAAGCUAGUGAGGAUUCAGUUGACUUUGCAGACGCAGAGUAGUAUGACGUUAGCCCAGUUGCAGUGCGCGGAGAAGAAACUAGUUGUAAUCUAUAGCGAGUUUAGCCACUUCCAUAGUGAAAUCAUGGCCUUGAUUCCUGAUGAAGCAUCGGAUGAGCAAGAUGAAAUUUACUGCACUUUUGAGGAUCGUCAUACCGAGUUGUCGAAUCACAUCCAGGAAAGAAUCAAUGCUGCUACUCAAAUGCAAACCGUGAGUUCAUCUGUUUCCCCACAGGUUAUUAUUCAGCAGCAGCCGUUGAAAGCACCUAUUCCUACAUUUGACGGUAAUUAUGCUAAUUGGCCAAAAUUCAAGGCGAUUUUCCAAGACCUGAUGGCACAGUCCGGGGACUCAGAGGCAUUAAAACUGUACCACCUAGACAAAGCAUUGAUUGGAUCCGCAGCAGGUAUAUUAGAUGCAAAAAUAAUCAACGAGGGUAAUUAUAAGCAAGCGUGGAAGGUGCUAACAGACCGUUACGAAAACAUACGUGUAAUCGUUGAGUCACACAUUCAAGGAUUGCUUACCCUACGAAAAAUGUCUAAAGCAACAUUCAAAGAAUUGGAUGGCCUGCUAACUGAAGCAACCGGUCAUGUUGAAGGCCUACGGUACCAAAAACAACAGUUGACGGGUAUCUCCGAGCACAUCGUGGUGCAUCUUAUCGUCAGUGCCUUGGAUGAUUCGACCCGCAUGGCUUGGGAACGUACCCAGCAUAGAGGUGUGCUCCCAAAAUACGAACAAACAAUCUCCUUUCUCAAAACCAGUUGUCAAGUGCUGGAGCAGUGUGAAUCAUCGCAAGCUUUCUCCCAACGAACCGCCGUAAAAUCAAAGUUUUCACCAGUCAACAACAAAAUGCCAUCGCUCAAGACUAACGCAGUUACUUCAAGUUCCAGCAAGUCUUCAGGUUCCUGCCACUUUUGUGGAGGUUCACAUCUUAACUUCCAAUGUGAGGAAUUCAAGCAGCUGACAGCAACUCAAAGGGCAGAAAAGGUUCGAGCAAAAGGUUUGUGCUUCAACUGCCUCCGGAAGGGACAUCAGUCCAAACAGUGCACGUCUAACAACACGUGUCGAAAAUGCAGCCGCAAACAUCACACCAUUCUCCACGAUGAUGCUGAAAGGAACAGCAGUCAGGAUUCAAAGGCCGACAUUGCCGCGCCAAAGCAACCUGUCGCGAAUAAUCAACCAACUGUUGUUCAACCUUCUGUUUCGGUGGUGGAUAAACCAGUAUCCACUACAUGCUCAAGCAAUCACGUUUCAACAUCAAAGACCGUCUUGCUGUUGACUGCUGUCGUUCAAGCCAUUGAUGAACAUAACCAGUCCCACCCUUGUCGAGUCCUACUUGACAGUGGGUCUCAAGUUAACUUCGUCAUCGAGAAAAUGGCAACCCGCCUCGGUUGUUCUAGAAUGCCAGCAAAUGUAUCAAUCACUGGAAUCAAUGCCCUGAGAAGUCUAGCUCGUGAUAAGGUGUUCGUUAAAUUCCAAUCGAGCUACGGAGACUUUCAAGCCAACAUCGAGUGUCUGGUUACAACCAAGGUAACUGGAACUUUUCCUAACCGAACGAUUGAUUUCAGCUCCUGGGAACUUCCUGAAGGCAUUCAACUCGCCGAUCCACAUUUCUUCCAGCCAGAAAAGGUUGACAUGUUAAUCGGGGGAGAAUUGUUCUUUGAUCUUCUUAAGCCCGAUCAAAUAAGUCUUGGUGACAAUUUACCACAACUUCGAGAAACUCAUCUUGGAUGGGUGGUAGCUGGAGUAAUCAACGAGCCGUACAUUUCGAAUGCGGCUAUUCAACACGUCAACCAUGCUUCGAUCGAUUCCAUCGAGGAAAUGAUGCAUCAAUUUUGGAAGGUGGAGGAAGUACCAAACGCAUCUCCAUUUUCAUCCGAACAGCUGUCAUGUGAAGCCCAUUUCCUGUCGACAUACAAGCACGAUGCAACGGGUAGGUUUGUUGUAAAACUACCGUUUAAAGAAAACCUCAACCGGUUGGAUAAUUGCCGUUCUUUGGCACUCAAGCGAUUCCUUAUGUUAGAAAAACGAUUGGAGCGUAAUCCCGAGCUGAGGCAGCAAUACAACGAUUUCAUAAGGGAGUAUGAAGACCUCGGCCAUUGCAGAGAAGUUAAGGAAGCUGAGGAUCCAGGUAAUAUGGAUACGUACUAUCUGCCGCAUCAUGCAGUAUUACGACCGUCAAGCUCAACCACGAAGUGCCGCGUCGUAUUCGAUGCUAGUGCCAAAAUGGACUCAUCAAAACUAUCGCUCAAUGAGGUUCUUCAAGUAGGACCAGUUGUACAGAAUGGCAUAUUCUCUAUUACGCUGCGAUUCCGUAAGUACGCUUAUGCAUUUUCAAGCGAUAUAGAAAAAAUGUACCGCAUGUGUUCGUUGCGCCGGAAGAACGCCGAUUCCUCCGAUGCUUUUGGAGCUUGUGCGCCAUACCAAGCAACAAGGUGUUUGGUACAACUUGCCAAGGAAGAAGGUUCCGAGUUUCCCAUCGGCUCUCGAAUCUUGACUGAGGACUUUUACGUUGACGAUGCGCUUUCUGGCGCUAACACGUUGGAAGAAGCUCUCGAAAGCCAACGUCAAUUAAAGGAACUGCUAACCAGAGGUGGUUUCCAUAUUCACAAAUGGUGCUCCAAUUCGGCAGAGUUUCUAGAGCACAUUCCACCAGCCGACCGAGAAAGGAAGGUUCCUUUUCAUGAGUACGGAGCAAAUGAAGUAAUAAAGGUGCUUGGAUUGUUGUGGGAUCCUGACGGCGACGUCCUCAUGAUAGCCAAUCCGCCGAAAUGUUCUUUUCCGGAUGAUGAGCUAGCCACGAAACGAAUGAUUUAUUCCGAGGUGGCAAAAUUGUUCGAUCCACUCGGACUGUUUGCACCAGUAAUUGUCAUGGCCAAACUCUUAGUACAGCAGCUUUGGAAAAUAUCAGCUGGAUGGGACGAUCCCAUCGACGAAACCAUCCGCGAAAAUUGGGCUACUCUGCGCGCAUCCCUUCCAGACCUUGGACGCAUUCACGUUCCAAGGUGUGUUAUGUUCCCGAAUGCGAUUGCAUAUGAGUUGCAUGGUUUUUCCGAUGCAUCGAACGUGGCGUACAGUGCAUGCGUCUACUUGAGAAGUAUUUUCACCAAUGGAUCCGCCAACCUACGUCUUCUAUGCAGCAAGUCAAAGGUUGCCCCAUUAGACGAUGUCUCCAUUCCUCGUAAAGAGCUCUGUGCCGCUCAGCUGCUUUCGAAAUUGAUCAGCCAGGUCGUUCCCGCGCUUCAAAUGUACUUUCGAGAAGUUGUUCUCUGGUCGGACAGCACCAUUGUUCUGGCAUGGCUGAAGAAACCGUUAGAUCAACUUCAGACGUUCGUAAGGAAUCGGAUUGCUUUGAUACGAAGGGAUACUAAUGAGUAUCGAUGGAGUUAUGUUUGCUCGGCCAAUAAUCCCGCCGAUAUCGUUUCUCGAGGAAAGCUGCCAGAAGAUUUAAAACAAAAUAUUCUCUGGUGGAGCGGUCCAAGAUUCCUGUGUGAAGUAGAAUAUGACGUUGAAGACACCGAAGAGAUUUUGGAGAAACUUCCCGAACUGAAAGUCCACGUCAUAACCGUGUCAGCUCACGAUUCGUUUCCAUUCUUCGGAAAAUUCAGUUCUUUUCGGAAAAUCCAGCGCACCAUGUGCUACGAUCUACGGUUUAUUCGAAAUUGCAAACAGCCAAAGUCUAAUCGUGUGAAGCAAGUACAUCUUUCCAUCGAAGAACUACGUCAAGCAUCCGAAGCAAUCGUCAAGGCGAUUCAACAAGCACAUCUUAGGGACGAAAUUAAGCGAGUGAUUUCCAACCAAACAUGCAAGCGUCUUGGUAACCUGCGUCCAGUGUAUGAAAACGGUUUACUACGAGUUGGAGGGCGAUUAGAUCGCUCAGUACUGCCGUUUGCUGCAAAACAUCAGUUAAUACUUCCCGAUAAAGAUCCUGUAACGAAAAAACUCAUUAGAACUUUGCAUAUGGAGCAUCUUCACGUCGGCCAGGCCGGUUUGAUCAGCAUCAUUCGUCAAAGGUACUGGCUUUUAAAUGCUAAAUCAACUGUGCGACAAGUAACACGAUCGUGCGUUACAUGUUUCCGAACAAAACCCGUUGAAACCAAACAGCUAAUGGGAAAUCUCCCUACCUCGAGAAUUGUGCCAUCACCACCGUUCGCAGUUACUGGCGUCGAUUAUGCCGGUCCAUUCAUGGUGAGGCAAGGUUCUUAUCGUCCGAAGCUUGUUAAGUCCUACGUCGCAGUUUACGUCUGUAUGGCGACAAAGGCUGUACAUUUAGAGAUUGUGUCCGACUUAACAACGGAUGCCUUCUUGGCGUCUUUGAAACGGUUCAUUAGUCGGAGAGGAAUGGUGCAGCAAAUUCACUCUGACAAUGCGACCAACUUUCAUGGAGCAAGCAACCAACUGCACGAGUUGUACCGACAGUUUCAGAAUCAACAAGAGGUGAAGAAAAUCCAGCAGUUUUGUGAAGUACGCGAGAUACAGUGGCAUUUCAUCCCACCAGACGCACCAGAGUUCGGUGGUCUCUGGGAAGCGGCGGUCAAGGCGAUGAAAACUCACCUGAAGCGAGUCGUAGGGAAUGCAAACCUCACUUACGAAGAAAUGGCAACCAUUCUAGCCGAAAUAGAAGCCAUUUUAAAUUCUCGUCCGUUGUUCAGUUUGCCCAACGAUCCUGCCGAUCCACAGGUAAUAACACCAGCUCAUUACCUCAUAGGUCGACCGUUGUCUGCACCAGCUGAGCCAUCUUUAGAAGACACCAAGGUGAACCGACUCGAUAGAUGGCAACACCUCCAGCUCAUGCGUGAGCAUUUUUGGCGAGCGUGGUCAAGGGACUACCUUAAUUCUCUCCAACCACGUAAGAAGAAUACCAGAGCAACGUCGAACGUUCGACCUGGCAUGGUCGUUCUUCUCCACGAUAAGACGCAACCUCCGCUCAGCUGGAAACUGGGCAGAAUCACCGGAGUGUAUCCUGGUGACGACGGCUUAGUGCGAGCCAUUGACGUAUUUUCCAACGGAGCAACAUACCGUCGUCCAAUCAACAAGGUCUCGAUAAUUCCAAUCGAGGACAACGUCUGCUCUGCCCCGGUCCUUUUGUUGAUACGAAGUUUCAACCCGGGGGAGAAUGUUCCAUCCGUCACGACAGCAACAAUAAGAACGCGAAUACAUAGACAAGGCAAAUUGAGUACAUACAUCCCUCUCUACCUAGCAGCUUGA